AUGAUCAAUGUACAUCGAAGUUACAAAGAGAAUAUUGUUGUCAUGAACGUUGAGAUGAAUCGAGAAAUAUUAUUUGGGAUACAAGCUAAUAAUAUCCAUAUAAGGUAUAAAGGAACCUUACUUGCCGUAACUUCUCUAAAUGGAGAUGGAGGUAUGUUUCUCGUAGCAAUUUGCAUAUGCGGGAUGGAGAAUGAGAGUAAUUGGGAAUGGUUUUUGGAAUGCAUUCGAGAUAUUCUCUUCAAUAAUGAAGAUCCAUAUACUCCUGAUGAUAAACUGGUGUUAAUCUCCGAUAGGGACAAAGGACUUCAAAAUUCCAUGAAGAAAUACUUUCCAUGGUCACAUCACUCUUAUAGUAUUCGUCAUCUUUUGGCUAAUUUUAAGAAUAACUUAUUGAAAAAAUGCAUUACACCACCUUUACGAGAUGAAUGUGUGAAAAUUAUGAAGAGGGCUGCUUAUGCAUACACUUCUCGUUCCUAUAACAAUGAAUGCAAUAAGCUACGGAACAAAUCAGAGAUCGCCUAUAACGAAAUAUUGAGGAUGAGUCCAGAAAUUUGGGCUAAUUGUUAUUUCCUUGGGAAGAGAUAUGAAUGGUUGACAUCAAACUUAGCAGAGUUAUUCAAUUCUUGGAUCAAAGAAGCUCGUUAUUUGUCAAUUACACAAAUAAUUGAUAAUAUUCGAAAGAAAAUGUUGAGGAUGAGUUUUGAAAUGCAUGAGGCAUCCCACAAGUGGACCACAACAUUUGUUCCUACUGUAGAAGAGCACCUUAUUCAUAUCAGUGACUAA